UUGGCUGUGGUGCGACCGCUGUGCAGUCGAGGUUUUCGUUUUCGCGAAGACUGAGUUUACAGUUUGUACUGUUAUAUAAUUUAGUAGUCGUUUGGUGUCUCGUCGGCUCCUUCCUCUUCUCUGUUGUUGAUUCCCAACCGUCCAAACAACCGGAAUGGCUGAACCGAGCGGCAGAUAUCAGCAGCUGCCCAAUGAAGAGGACCCAGAGGAGAGUCCGCAGGUAGCAGCUGACGCUCCGCCUCCAUACAGCAGCAUCACAGUGGACAAUGCCGCCUACUUUGACUACAAGGAAGACGGAGCUUUCCCCAAGCCGCCAUCGUACAGCAUAGCGACCACGCUGCCUUCCUAUGACGAGGCAGAAAGAACCAAGACUGAGACUGCUGUUCCCCUGGUAACUGGGAGACAGCAGCAGCAGCCGGCUCAGCACAGGGAGCGCCUGGAGACUUUUGACGAUGUAAUUCGCAGUUCACUGGAGGAUGAAGACUUUGUGACCAGAGACGACUUCGAAGACACCGAUCAGCUGAGGAUAGGAAAUGACGGCAUCUUCAUGCUGACUUUUUUCAUGGCAUUCCUGUUCAACUGGAUCGGUUUCUUCCUGUCUUUCUGUCUGACCACCUCAGCAGCCGGCCGCUAUGGGGCUAUCUCAGGCUUUGGCCUCUCUCUAAUCAAAUGGAUUCUCAUAGUCAGGUUCUCCACAUACUUCCCCGGUUACUUUGAUGGACAGUACUGGCUGUGGUGGGUGUUCCUGGUGUUGGGCUUUCUGCUCUUCCUUCGAGGAUUCAUCAACUAUGCCAGAAUCCGCAAGAUGGCCGACACCUUCUCCACCCUGCCCCGCACCCGAGUCCUCUUCAUCUACUGAGCUCACAAUCCACCAGUUUUCAUCAUCAUAAUUUUUCUCCCCCUUUUCAGUGAAACAUACUGUCUGGUUUUAUCCAAUCACAACGGGAGAAAACGACACGUUCCCCCUCUGCUUGACAUGAUUUGGACAAUACAACUGUUGUCCCCUAUUUGGUGUAAAAUAGUGAAAUGCUGUAAAAAUCCUUCAGUUGUUAGUGGUGAACUGUCAAGUGCUAUUUACAGUUAUGAAGUGUGUGAUGUAUAAAUGAAUGCCUUAUUUACAGUUUUACUGCCUGUUGGUAGCAGCAGCAUGAGCUGUUCUCCUGUUAGCCACCAGGGGGCAGUCUGGUUUGUGUUUUCUCUCACCAGUCUUCUUUCAGAUGAUGUCAUGGUUCUCAGCCCCAGGACUCAGUGGGUCAUUUUGGGGGUUAUGGGUUGAUUUACUCGGUUUCAAAUCAUAUAUUUCAAGUACCAGUUUAAUGUGCUUUUAACCCUUUUGACUAAUGCGUGACUAAUAGUGUGUAAUUCAGAUAAUAUAAGACCGAAAACGGAAAAUGAUUAGAUUUUGUUGUGGUGCAGGCGCUGAAAAGUUUGAGGGUGGUAUAGAAGAUCGAGGGCCAUGUUUCCCCUCAUAUAAUUAGAAAUGGUCCUUACACACACUGUAAUCAGGAGUGUUGUUUCCUUACAUAUAACACAUGUAUGUCAGCAGAGAGGCAGGCUGGGGAUCACUGCCCUGCUCAAGGACCCAGUGAGAGGAAUGGAAUAAGCUGAUAGUCUGUCACUCCAUUCACAUGUGCAAUUAGACGCCCUCAUUGGUCUCCAAUGAGGAAAAGAAAAGAUCGUAUUGACAGAAGUGAUUUGGAAAAACCGCCCUGUAAAGAACAUGGAAUACGUUAUUCAGAGCAGAGGUUAUUUUCUUCUUUGACCCAACAAUGAAUUAUUGAAAGUCAUUCUUUUUAUGUACAUCCUCAUUGUAGUGGAAGUGGAAUGAUUAUUUUUUAGAAGAAUUUCAAUAUCUGGCUUGGAAAAUGUUUGGAAUUAAACUGGAAAAAGUUAAUUUUGGUGUUAAGCUAUUUAUUACAUGUUAAUAAGCUCCCUGUAUAAAAAGUUUUCAGGUUACAGUAAUGCCACUUCUUCUCAGUUACGCUUGUUGAUAUUACCCAAAGGGAGGAGAUAUUUCUGUCACGGCUGGAUUUUAUUAAACAUUUACAUACAAA